AUGUCCGUCUCCCGUGCGAGAUCGUUGUCCGAAGAGGACACAAUCGGCUUUACGGAAAAGAAACUCCCAACUUAUGAUACCGAAUUGCACGAAGUGGACACCGCUGUUGGCCAGCUGGAGGAACUGAACACCGUUCGACAGGGUCUCCACCAGCGACACAUCCAGAUGAUUGCUCUCGCCGGUACCAUUGGAACCGGUCUUUUCCUCAGCUCUGGUAAAGCCAUCGUCAAUGCUGGUCCUUUAGGGGCUUUCCUUGCGUACGCAAUAAUUGGGUUGAUGGUUUCAAGCGUUGUCUUGGGAGUCGGAGAGAUGGGUGCUCUGGUGCCGCUUAAUGGUGGUGUGGUCCGUUAUGCGGAGCUAUUCUGUGACCCUGCUUUAGCUUUCGCGAACGGGUGGAACCAGAUCUACUCUUAUAUUAUCUCAAUUCCUGCCGAGAUUGUCGCCGCUGCUGUGGUUCUGGAAUUUUGGAUCACCGUCAACAAUGCUAUUUGGAUCACUAUCUUCGGUCUUCUGAUGACUGUCACCGCGCUUCUCUUUGUGCGAAUCUACGGCGAACUUGAAUUUGGAUUCUCUAUGCUGAAGAUCAUGCUGAUCAUUGGAGUCAAUAUUAUGGCUUUAGUUGUCACCUGCGGUGGAGGACCUAACCACACUUCUAUUGGAUUCCAAUUUUGGAGGAGCCCUUACGGCCCCUUCCAACAAUACCUCGAUAUAUCCGGUCCUUUAGGCCAAUUCCUUGGAUUCUGGACUGCAUUCAAUAACGCUCUCUACGCAUACUCUGGUAUUGAGGGCAUCACCGUCGCCGCCGCCGAGACCAAGAACCCUCGGCGUGCUAUUCCUAUGGCCGCGAAACGUAUUUUCAUCCGAAUUCUACUCUUCUACGUCCUCACAAUAUUUAUGGUCACUCUUGUUGUAUCUUCAGCAGAUCCAGAUCUUCUAGGAUCUUCCGGUACAGCAUCCGCCUCUCCGUUUGUUAUCGCCGCUCGCAAUGCUGGUAUCAAGGUAGUGCCGUCUAUUAUUAACGCGGUUGUCCUUACCUCAGCCUGGUCAUCAGGAAACUCUAGCAUGCUCGGUGGUUCCCGAGUGCUCUAUGGUAUGGCAGUUCAUGGCCGCGCACCUGCUAUCUUCAAGCGCCUGAACCGCUUCACAAUCCCUUACGUUGCUGUUAUUCUCUACACUGUAUUCAUCGCUUUGGGUUACAUGACCCUCUCAAACUCGGCAAGCACUGUUUUCACAUGGCUGCAGGAUAUCGUGUCCAUUGCAGCACUAGUGAACUGGAUUUGCAUCCUUAUAGUUUACCUCAGGUUCCAAUAUGGCUGCAAGAAGCAGGGUAUCAAUCGCCAUGAAGAACUCCCAUGGGCAGCCCCUUUCCAACCGUGGGGAAGCUGGAUCUCGUUGAUCAUGUUCGUCAUUUUGUUCUUCACUGGUGGCUAUUCCACCUUUAUCCACGGAGAUUGGAGCACUGAGACAUUCAUUUCUUCGUACUUCAACUUGCCUUUCAUCCUGAUUGUCUACUUUGCCUACAAGUGGUGGAUGAAGACCAAGAUUAUUGCGCUGGAGGAUAUCCCCAUUCGACCGUUCAUUGAACAGUACCGGCUUAACCCAGAGCCGGAACCUACACCCAGGACCGGUCUCCGAAGACUUAACAUCCUAUGGUCAUAG